AUGGGUAUUCGAGAUGGCACAUGGUUGCAGGCCUUUUCCCUUUCCCAUCGCCGGGUUCGAGGUUACUGGCCCAAUUGCGUUCGCUUCCUACAAUUGGCUUACGAAUCUUUGAGGGAACCUUGGGAACCUGCUUUCUGGGUUGAUAAGGCUCUGGAUCGGCCCGCUUGGCUUUCCUUUACCCAGUCGUGGUUGACCUUCAAAUCCUUAAGCCCUUCUAAGUUCUACUCUGACCUUUGUGAUGUGGAUUUGUAUGGUCGCUGCUUACUUCAGGUUGGCGAUAUUUUCAAGCUUCUUCCCUUUCGUCAUGUUCCCGUUGAGCCACCCUAUGGGACGUCCUUUGAGGUUGUACCAGAAGCGGAAGCCGAGAUUGAUGCUGACUGUUUGCAAGUCUGUUCGGACGGUGGCUGCAAGCAUGGCUGUGGCUCCCUUGCGGUAACGUUUCUAGCCCCCUAUGCACCCCUGGACGACGCGGUAAUUCUCCAAAGUCGUAUUGAGGGUCAGUGUACUAACAUCAAAGCGGAGCUCCUAGUGUCAGGACAGAAUGCUGAGCUUGCUAUCUUUGUGAUUUGCAUGGCCGGGACACUUGGCCUGCUUUAUCACAUUAUGCAGACACAGAAAAGGCUGGCGCUGACGAUCCAUGCCAUGCGAAUCACGAUGCAAGAGAUUCAGUCUCAACAGCUGUAUCUGCAACAAGCGCUGCACUCGCAGAACCAAGAUUUGUCGUUCUAUCAAGAAAAGCUUUUUGGCAAGAUGGAGGACAAGUUCUUGGCAGAACUGUAUGAGCAGUGCCAAGUGUUGGCUCAGUUCUUCAAGCCUGCAAACCUUGCCACAGCUGGAUCAAUGAUGGUGCAAGACAUCGUGACUCAAGUCACUGAGCUCUACACCCAGCAAGAUGGCAAUGGCGAUGGAGAUGGACAACAAGGGGACUCCCAGGCUACAAAAAAGCAACUCCUUGAGGUUCUCGCAAAGCUCGGCCAACUACAGACGGCCCAAGCUGAGAUCACCUCUAUCCACAAGCUGCUGAACGGCCACUCUGCAGAUUUUGACAAGCUAAGUGCUAUCGGCAACAGGGUCACAGAAACCCAUGGCCUGUUGCUCCAGAUCAAUGGAGAUGUGGCCACAGCAAAGGUGGUGACGGAGCAGACAGACAGACUGCAGAAGGUUUUGGAGCGAAAACUUGAAGACCUGACGGAGAAAACAGCUGUCAUUCGGGCUUUGAUGGAUCAACACAGAGACAAAGUCAUCUCCACGGUGAAGGAUAACACAGGGUGGAUUUCCAAGAAUGUGGGGGAUGUGUUGAGUCUCUUGCGCACGUUGGCGCCGAUGCAGCAAAAGACGCUGGAGAUGAUGGGAGCUGGCCAGGAUGGUUCGAGACAGGCCCAACAGACGCUCCUGUCUUGCGCGGAGGCGGUUCAGACGUGUGAGGAUCGCCUUGUGCGCCUAGAGAGCCUUUGCACUGGCAUUGUCGAUCAACAGAAUGAAAUGGACCAAAGCCAUCGUGGGGCCUUCGAUUCCAUUCUGCAAGAGCUCCCGACGCUCCAAGAGGUGCUUUCCCGCCUACCGAAACUCCCUGUGCGGAAGCCGCCCGCGGAGAAGGCAACGGAAGCCACUUCCAGCACAUCAAGCCAGCAAGCUCACCCUACCACUCCGCCGACUACGCUUGGGCCACAACCGCCUCCACAAGUGGCAGCCAACCCGACGCCAACUGUCAUCCCCGUGUCGAUUGACACUGGGCUUCAGAGUGCAGCACCGAGUGGAGGCAUUCAGCUCAGGUUGUCGGAACACGUGAAUGCAGUUGCACCGCAACCGCAGCCGCAGUUUGUACUUGGUGGCGAAAGCAGGGCCCCCAAUUUCCUGAUCACGCCGAUACCGGCACCAUCCCCAACAUCUGGGAAUGAUUUGCUUCGGGCCAUGCUUCGCCAAUGA